AUGGUUUAUAUCAAUUUCCCACUAUUUUUGAUUUUAUGUUUAUUAAAUAGAACUUUGUCCGUGGUGUGUAAUUCUGGGCAGUAUCAAUCUGGCAAUUCAUGUUUUCCGUGUUCUCCUGGUACAUUUUCAACUGGUUCAGUUACUAAAUGCACUCCAUGUAGUAUGGGCUACUACAGCCGAUAUUCUGGUUCUGCUGUGUGUACACCUUGUCAAAGUGGGACUUAUUCUUCAAGUAGUGGAUCAAUGACUUGUUCAUCAUGUAAUGCUGGAUAUUACUCGGGCUCGGCUUCAUCUUCUUGUAGACAAUGUUCUGAGGGUACUUAUUCGUCAUAUGGAGCGUCGACGUGCACCAGUUGUAGUGCUGGGACUUAUUCUAGUUCUUCGGGCUCUUCUGUUUGUAAGAAUUGUGACGCUGGUUCUUACUCAAGAAGUGGAGCUACGUCAUGUUCCUUAUGCCAACCGGGGACUUACUCAACUGGUGGAUCUGUAUCUUGUUCAUAUUGUCCUUCUGGAUAUUAUUCUGCUUAUUCUGGUUCGAUUAGAUGUGAUGCAUGUGAAGGUGGGACUUAUUCAGCAUACGGUGGAUCAAACUCAUGCACAACAUGUCGUGCAGGGACAUAUUCAAAUAAAGGAGCCUCCUCUUGUUCCCAAUGUCCAACAGGGUCUUAUUCUCCAGAAAGUAGUUCUCGGUGUAUUUAUUGUCCCCCAGGAACAUAUACAGACAAAGCCGGAAGUUCAACAUGUUACGAUUGUAAAGUCGGUUCUUAUUCACAAGAAGGAUUUUCUGUAUGUCGAAAUUGCACUUCGAAUAGUUGUCAGACGUGUUCGUCAACUACUGGCGAUUGCACCGGAUGCAAUCCUGGAUUUUCAUACGACGCUACAAAUUAUAAAUGCACGGUCUGUCCCGCUUCUUAUUACUCAAUAGGAGGGAAAUCAAAAUGCUCAAAAUGCCAAACAAAUUAUUACUCCAUAAUAGGAUCUUCUGUGUGUCUGAUGUGCCCAAGUACAUGUGAAACGUGUGAUCAAACCAAUGGAAAUUGUCUUACAUGUUUAAAUGGAUUCACUUUAAAAGAUGGAAAAUGUGAUACAUGUGAGGCUGGCACAUAUUCAUAUAACGGCAUUUGUUUAUCAUGUCCAGAUUUGACUUAUUCUGUGAUGGGAAGUAUUGAAUGUGCAAUUUGUGACUCUUCUUGCAAAAGUUGUGAUAAAACAAAUGGGUAUUGCACUUCUUGUGAAUCAGGAAUGGGUAUUUCGGAUAAAAAAUGUGCGAAUUGCCCAGCCGGGUCUUUUAGUAAUUCAAGUUUUCUAUGCGAAGAAUGUCCAAUUGGGGCUUAUUCAUCAACUCAAAAAAGUUCAACUUGCAUUUCAUGCUCCGAUGGUACUUAUUCCAAUAUAAAAGGAUCACAAAAAUGUCAAAAAUGUAAUUUACUUUGUCGAAGUGCUUGUGAUAAGUUGACUGGAUAUUGUACAAAUUGUAUAGAUGGUACAGUGUUAUCAAAUGGCAUUUGUAUUGAAUGCAAGGCUGGCACAAAAUCGAACCAAACGACAAAUGUAUGUGAAACAUGUCCUUCAGGUACUUAUUCAUUGGAUCGCUCAACAGAUUGUAAAAGUUGUGAAGAGAUGAAAUAUUCCCUUUCGGGUGCUUCUUCUUGUUCAAGUUGUGAUUCAAAAUGUGACGGAUGUACAGUCACAACUGGCGAUUGCAUCAAUUGUAUAUCUGGAUAUGGUUUGUCUUCUGGAAAAUGCACCAUCUGUCCAGUGGGUACUUAUUAUCUUGAUUCCUCAUGUAAAAGUUGUGAAGCAAUGAAGUACCAAAAUACUGAAGGCCAAACUACUUGUACAAACUGUGACAUUUCUUGUAAAAGUUGUGAUGCAAAAAGUGGAUAUUGUUUAACAUGUUUUGCUGGUUAUGGGUUUAACAGUGGCAUUUGUACACAAUGUAAUGACCUUACUUACUCUAUUGGAGGAACUUCAAAGUGUUUGGACUGUUCCGAUGAAUGCAAAAGUUGUGACCCAAUCAAUGGCGCUUGCACUUCUUGUGAGCCGGGUAACAAAAAAGUUGGAGAGAGUUGCAUCUCGUGUUCUUCAACAGGCAAUUGCAAUUCUUGUACCAAUGAGACUUCUGAUGGUGUUUGUACUUUAUGUAAAGAAGGAACAUUUUUGGAUGAAAAUCACAAUUGUUUGCCUUGCAGUGAUAUCCAUCUUAAAUGUUCGACGUGUUCAAAAAUGUCAAAGGAGUGUUUUUCCUGUUCAGAUAAUUUGAUAACAAAUGGAGAGAUGUGUAUUUCUUGUGAAGAAGGAAAAGUCAAAAGCACAGAAACAACAUGUGUAUAUUCAUAUGAAGCGAUUUCAAGGUGUCAAAUAGCCGAUUAUAUAAAUAAUGAACAAAUCUGUUUAAAAUGUUUUGCACCAUAUUGUGUAUCAGAAAAUAAAAAGAUGUGCAAUUUGGCGUAUACAAAUACAACAUAUUAUAAUAAUGAAUUAUUUAACACUUCUAUUAACAUGAAUGGAUGCAUUAAUCAAAUUGGAGAAUUGUGUUACUUGUGUAAAUGGGCGUAUGUAUUGAUUGAAAAUAAAUGUCAUAACUACAGUAUUCCAUGCAUGAAAUAUUCUCAUAAUGGUUGUGACAAAUGUUUAUUUGAUAUUAUUACAACAACUGGAGUGUGUACAAAUGCAAAAGAUUGCAAAUAUACAUACAACAAUAAAAACGAAACUACGUGUUUGUAUUGUGAUGAUGACAUUUUAUGCGGCGAAUCAAAAGAAAAUUGUGUUGUGUCAAAUAACAAAUAUUGUUAUAAAAGUGUAAAUAAUUUUUACUCAACUUUAAGCGGUGAUAUUAAAGAUUGUGUAAAUUCAAUUUGUGUGUUUUCAAAUAGUAUUUUAACAAAUUUAAAAUGUUCUGCUGACUAUAUUUUAAGUAAUAAUAUUUGUGUACCAGAUGUUGAAUGUUUGAAUAUUACUGGAAGUACUUGUAUUCAUUGUUCAAAAAAUCACCACAUAACAGAUGGAAUAUGUACAUUGAAUGAUAUUAAUUGUGUAACUCAAAAUGGUAAUAUUUGUAUUACAUGUGAAAAUUCGAUCAACAUAAACGGGAAAUGUGUUGAUAUUUCAACAUUACAAUGUUCUAAUUUUGACAAAAUAUGUAUUGAGUGUAAGUUUGGGUAUUAUAAAGAUGUUGACGGCUGUAAAGAAAAGAGUUUGAUAUAUUUGAAUUGUGAAAUUGUAUCUUCAUUAAAUUCUAAGUGUCUUGAAUGUGAAACUGGAUUCAUACUCAAUAAUAAUUCCUGUGUAAAACAAGAAGAAUCAAAUCAAACAGAACUCAAUUUUUCAUAUCCAAAUUUAUUAACUAAAAGUAUAUCAAAAAGUGAAGAACCGACUUAUAGUAAUUAUUGUGAAGAAAUUACUUCAAAAGGGUGUAUUCGUUGUAUGACAGGAUAUUAUCUUUCAAAUGGCAAUUGCAAAGUCUGUGAAUAUCCGUGUGUUUUCUGUUCAAAUCAGACGUAUUGCACCAAAUGUGAUUCAUAUUCAUAUGCAGAUAACAAAGGUGUUUGCACUGAAAUUAAUGUACUUGUAUCUGUUUGUGAAGUAUUGAUGUCCACAUAUCGAGGGUGUGUAGUCUGCAAAGAUGGGUUCAUGAGGAACAUAGAUGGGACGUCGUGUAUACCAUGUGAUGUUUCUUGUAAGACAUGUACAAAUGAUGGAAAUUGUAUUCUUUGUAAUGAUUCAUAUUAUCGAACUUCAUCCACUUCAUCAAAAUAUUGUUCUCCCCAAAGUGAGUUAAUUGGAUGUAUAAAUAAAACAACUGAAGGGUGUACGCAAUGUGAAACUGGGUAUUAUUUAUCAUCGAAUUUAUGUUUAAAUUGUGAGAGCAAUUGUACACAUUGUGAAGGAAAAAAUGAGUGUAUUUCAUGUAUAGAUACAAAUGUUUUGAUAACAGGAAAUUGUUUUCACUAUUCUUAUAUUGACAAUUGUGUUAAGUCUUUAGAUAGCAAAUGUUCAAAAUGUAAUGACCAGUUUAAAUUGAGUGAAGACAAAUUAAGUUGUAUAGACUCAACCAAUUAUGGUGUUAUCAUAGGAAUUCCAAUUACUGUAGUUAUUAUUAUGAAGAACGUCUGUGUAUUUAAAAUUAAUCGUUCUAAUAUUUCAAUGAGUGUUUUGGAAAACAAUAUUUUGACAAACAAACAGUCUCUAACAUUCACAGAUAUUUCAGAUACACUUCCAGUUGGAUCUGAAAGUCGUGAAUUGUUAUGUCUUGGUAACAAAGGAAAAGGUAUUUUAAAAAUUCAAAUGACAACACGUGGCGGGUGUGACAAAUAUUCGAUACGAACAGAGCCGCAGUUAGUUACACUCAAAAAGGGUGAAGCGUGCGAAUUUGAAGUCUUUUUAACACCAUUUUGCACUAUGAAAUUGCACGAUGAAAUAAUGAUAGUGGCUAUGGAUAUUGAAAAGGGUGAAAUGUCAUCAGUCCCAAUUUCAAUUACACUGACCACAGAGAACUCAACACGACUGGAUUACGACGAGUUGAUUGAAAAUAUUAAAUUAGGAGAAGGAUCUUUUGGAAUCGUUUUCAAAGGGACUUAUAGAGGAAAUACAGUUGCUAUUAAAAAGAUGAAGCAAGCAACUUUAGACAAAGAAGAGAAAGCAAAACAAGAGUUUGAGAAUGAAGUUUCUAUGUUAGACAAAUUUAGGAGUGAUCACAUCGUCCACUUCUAUGGUGCCGUUUUUAUACCAAAUAAGAUAUGUAUGGUCACCGAAUUUGCUCAAUUUGGAAGUAUUGCAGAUUUAAUGAAAAAGAAGAGGAGUGAGCUCCCAAGAAUGAAGACAAGAACUAAAUUUAUUUCAGAGUGUGCUAAAGGAAUAUUGUAUUUACACUCAAAUGGGAUUUUACACAGAGAUAUUAAGCCAGAUAAUAUUCUCGUAUUCUCAUUGGAUUUAAAUGAAAAAGUAAAUGCUAAAUUGACUGAUUUUGGAAGUAGUAGAAACAUCAACUUGUUGAUGACUAACAUGACCUUCACUAAAGGUAUUGGAACUCCAGUCUAUAUGGCACCUGAAGUGUUACAAAAAGAAAAAUAUACUAAAGCGGCUGAUAUAUACUCACUUGCUAUCACCAUGUAUGAAGUAUUUAGUUGGAAAGAAGCUUAUAAUAAAACUGAAUUUAAGUUUCCUUGGAAAAUAGCAGAGUUUGUUAUUGGAAAAAAUAGAUUAAAAAUAGCCGAGCCAAUUCAAGAAGACCAAUUUCUGCUUAUUGAAAAAUGUUGGUGCCACAACCACAAAAGUCGACCCAAUGCCGAGAGUGUUGUACAACAGCUUGAAAAUAUAAUGUAA